GUUAGUUUGUGGUAUCAUACAGAGAGGUUAUUAAUGAUAUAGUUGUUUGGAAUUUAUACGUAUUCAUUCAUAUAUUCAAUAGCUUAAAAUUAUAAUUUUUUAGAGUAAACGUACUUUAAUAAGUAAUUUAAAUAAUGAAGAUGAUUAAUACAACUUAGAGAUUUAUUCAUUGAUCCCGGCUAAAUGACUGUGUUAGAUCGUCUCAUUCAGAUAUUAUGUGUUAAAUGUAAUUUAUCAUCACAAUGAGUGGACGCGGUUUAACGAAAAAAGAGCUUGAAGAGUUGAGGAAGAAGGAAGAAGAGGAAGCAGCAGCUCAUGUAUUCAAGGAGUUUGUGGAAACAUUUCAAGAAGUACCUAGCACUACUUCUAAGGUUUGGGUGAAAGCUGGAACUUAUGAUGCAGGGGCCAGAAAGGAAGAUACAUCAGAAAGGGGUAAGCUUUACAAGCCAGUGUCUCGGCUGGAUGAGAAGCGGAGUGUCUCGGAGGCUGAGGUGGUCCGGAACCUCGCCCAGAGACCAGAGCCACCCGGCAGACCUCGCAAUAAAAAGGGCAAUGAUAAGAAAAAGAGCAACUUAGAAUUGUUCAAAGAGGAACUGAGACAAAUUCAAGAAGAGAGAUCAGAGCGUCAUAAAUACAAGAAUGUGCUUCGUGACCGAGGUAUUGUUGGGCCUGAACCUAUCGUUGAUAAUAUUCCUGAUGUAGGCUCAUACGACACUGGUGAUCCUAACACCACGAAUUUGUAUCUGGGCAACUUGAAUCCAAAGAUAACAGAACAGCAAUUGAUGGAGAUAUUCGGUCGAUAUGGACCACUCGCCAGCAUUAAGAUAAUGUGGCCGAGAUCUGAUGAGGAGAAAGCGCGGGGUAGGAACUGCGGUUUCGUCGCGUUCAUGUCGCGUAAGGAUGGUGAAAGAGCGCUCAGAAAUAUUAAUGGCAAAGAGAUAAUGAACUACGAGAUGAAGCUAGGCUGGGGUAAAGCGGUGUUAAUCCCUCCCGUGCCUAUCUAUAUUCCGCCGGCGCUGCAUCACCCCACCAAGCCGCCGCCGCCCUCCGGCCUACCAUUCAAUGCGCAGCCGCCGAAACACUUGAGGGAUAAGAUACCUCGUAUUCGACCCGGUGAAUAUUACCCGAGCGAUCCCGAAGAUAAGAACACAUAUGAACAGAUUUUAUCCCAGUCGAUUGUCAAAGUGGUCAUCCCAACAGAAAGAAACAUCCUGAUGCUGAUCCACCGGAUGGUCGAGUUCGUGAUACGCGAGGGGCCGAUGUUCGAAGCGAUCAUAAUGAACAAGGAGAUGAGCAACCCGUUCUUUAGUUUCCUUUUCGAGAACCAGUCGCCGGCGCACAUCUACUACCGGUGGAAGCUGUUCUCGAUGCUGCAGGGAGAUUCGCCGAAGCAAUGGUCCCCGGAUGACUUUAGGAUGUUUAAAGGUGGCUCAGUGUGGCGUCCGCCAGUAAUGAAUCUGUAUACGGCUGGGAUGCCGGAUGAGCUGGUGGAAGAAGAAGACGCCAAAGAGAAUAUACGGGGCACACUGUCUAAUAACCAACGCGACCGGCUCGAAGACAUAAUCCGCCACCUGACCCCCACCCGCAGCAGUGUGGGCGAGGCCAUGGCGUGGUGCCUGGAGCACGCGGAGGCGGCCGGCGAGGUGGCGCAGUGCCUCGCCGAGGCGCUGUCCGGGGACAAGACGCCCGCGCACAAGCGCGUCGCGCGGCUCUACCUGCUGUCCGACAUACUGCACAACGCGGGCGCCAAGCUCACCAAUGCGAGCGCGUUUCGCAGCGCUUUCCAGCAGCGCCUGCCGGAGAUAAUGCGCCAGUGCCACGUGGCUUGGCGCGAGAUGAGCUCCCGGAUCCAGCAGGAGGGGUUCCGCGCGCGGGUCACCCGCAUCCUGCAGGCCUGGGCCGACUGGGCGGUCUACCCCACCGACCUGCUGCUGCACAUCAACGACCUGUUCCUGGGGCAAGAGAAGGAGGGUGGUACAGUGAGCGGCGAGCCCGUCGAGGGUCGGCAGUGGGAGGGGUCGCGCUCGGGGUCGGCGUCGCCGCGCUCGGAGGGGUCCGCGGGGUCGGAGGGGUCGGGCCCGCUGGACGGCGCCGCGCUGCGCCGCCUCGCGUCGCAGCGCGGGCCCGUGCGCUUGGACGACAUCGAUGGCGUGCCAGUGGACGAGGACAUAGACGGCGUGCCGCUGGAAGCGGACAGCGAGGCGGGCGCGUCGGGCGGGUCGGGGUCGGGCGGGGAGGGGCCCGCCGCCGCCGCCGCCGCCGGCUUCGUGCCCUCGCGCUGGGAGAGCGUGGAGCCCGCGCCGCCCAGCGACGACGCCUCCACCACGCCCGUGCACGCGCAGCCCGAAGGGUCGGAGUCCCCGCAGGCGCGGUCGGAGGAGCGCACGCUGUCGCGCGAGACGCUGCGCGACAUCGAGGUGCGCGUGCUGAAGUACGCCGACGAGCUGGAGAGCGGCGCGCGCGCCCGCCGCAGCGCGCUCGCGCCGCACCAGCAGAUACACCACUACCGCAGGAAGCUCAUCAAGAAGGCUCUCCGCGAGGCGAAGGAGCUGAAGGAAGGCGAGGCGGCGUCGCCGCGCGAGGAGGACGCGGUGUCGAGCUGCUCCAAGAAGUCCAAGAAGUCUCGCGAGCCGUCGCUCUCGCCGCCGCUCAAGCGGUCGCGAUACGGUGAACGCAAAUCGCGUUCAAGGUCAAGAUCGCGAGAGCGAGACAGAGAAUUGGACAGAUCUCGAGACAGAGAGCGGGACAGAGAUCGCGAUAGAGAGAGGGAAAGAGAGAGAGAUAGGGAACGCGACCGGGAGAGAGAAAGACGGAGACGAUCCCCGGCCACGCCCCCAGCACAUCAUCGAAAGCACUCCAAACAUGCGAAAUAUAAAUACUGAUGUUUGAGACUUGUAACAUAUAAAAUAAAUUGUAUCAUGACGGAACUGUUUCCUUUUUUUGAGCUUGUAUUUAUG